ACUAUCUUCUCAGUGUCAUGUGACUAUUUAUGAGAAUCAGGUUGAGUGAAGCCUUAAUGACAAAAUUGGAAGUAUCUAAUUGUUAACCACAAACACAAAUAUCUCUCUCUCUGAAUCUCUAUCACACACACACACAGCUUUGUCAGGAGGAAGCUGGCCAGAGGCAGUUAACCCACAUCAGUUUCCUCAUUACUACUCUAUGACAAGAGAAGAUAACAAACUUGUGAGGAUUUCAAGAAUGAGAAACUAAAGAAUUAGAUGUCUACUGUCUUCAAGAUAGCUCUUAUUCUUUCACGGACAAUGGUGAACAUGAACUCCUCCAGCAACUCUAGCUUGGACUCCACCUCCCCGGAUUCGGGCCGCCUGAUUUCGAGCACCGUCCUGGGGUUGUGCUGUGCGCUGGGCCUCCCUGGUAACAUAGCUGUCCUGGUGGUCAUCCUGUGCCGCUCGUCCCGACGCCCCAACUUCACCCUGUGCCUCAUGCUGAACCUGGCUUCCUCCGACAUCCUGUGCCUGGCCACGGUGCCCGUGUGGAUCUAUACUCUCCUGCACGGCUGGACUCUGGGCCGUGCUGCAUGCAAGUUAGCCACGUUCCUGCUCUAUCUCAGCCUGUAUGCUAACGUGCUAACGGUCACUCUACUCGGUGUCCAGCGCUACCUCCAGGUGCUAUACCCGCAGAUGUGGAACAGGCUGGGGCGCAAGGGGGAGGCGGUGCUGCUCCUGGCCCUGUGGGGGCUCGCCUGUGCUCUGACUGCUCCCGCKGUUGCCACUCGCGAUGUGCGCGAUGGCGAGRUCAAGUGCCAGCGACACACYGGCUCCGAUGCUGAAAGAGUUGCUGUCCUCGUCUUGGAGACCCUUUUAGGGUURGUGGUUCCGUUCUCUGUGCUGGUSACGUCCUACUGCUGCCUCCACCGGCGGGUGAACCAGACUGCGCUGUUCAGCAGUGCAAAGUUGACGCGGCUGGUCACCAGUGUGGUGGUCACCUURUUCAUCCUCUGGAURCCUGUGCACAUUGUCAAUGUGGUGGACAUCGCCGGCAUUGUGCUGCAGACWUCCUGGCCAGAGGCGUCGGCAYCGCUGCUGAGCCACAGAAGCGCAGCAGCGCGUGUCGUCCGGAGCUUUACGUUUUUUAACAGCUGCCUGGACCCCUUCCUGUACGCCUUCGCCUCGCGGAGGAUCCGGGAACAGCCCAAGUCGUCGUCGAGGGGCGACAGCAGGAUGCAGGUCACAAAUAUCUGAUGUCUGAAGCUGUGCUCUGCUYGUGUGACUAAAGGCCAACCCCUAAUUCUAACCCUCAGCCUACCCAUAAUCAACCCCCCUAACCCUAACCUUAACAAAURAGGGUACUCUAAAAAAAWAAAUAGCUUUUUUUAGGCGUUCUUGACUUGGUUUUUAGAGCAGCCAAAUUAGAGUCCCAUUGCACCUGCUAUUUUGUCCUCAACAAAACCUACGUUUUGGGUUGCUGACUGUAUAGGCUGUACUUCUAGGGUUUCCAUAGGUUAGCCUAGAUUGUUAUUUCGGUGAUGUAAGAAAUGGUAAUAGAUACUGGUACUUGUUUUUACAACUUCUCAACACUAGCUAUACUUGACACAACAUGCACCAAUCCCCCACUAUACCCCCACACUUCGUACCCUUAUAAUAACCCAGGCCCACACACACUCCCCUCCCCCAUGAACAGGCCCCUGUUAAAACAAGCGCACAUGCAUUCUGCUCGAGGUUGAGACUCUAAGACAAAGAACUGUGUUAAGAGCCAAUGGAACGUCGACAUCAGGCCCGGACAGGACUACCCACGACCCAGAUCGACC